AUGCCAGCGACAGCCCCGCCCGUAACAUAUCGUCUCGCCCAAGAUGCCGACUUCCCCCUCCUCAUCGCCUAUCGUGAAGAGUGCGGCUGGGGCUCUGCGGCACUACAGCGGAACUGGUCUGAUCCCGACCGGAUAUUCUGUGUGUUUAUGGCGGAGCUAGAUGGGGUCGUAAGGGACGUCGGGAUGGGGUGUUGGUAUAUGCACCAGCCGGAUGAUCUGGAGUUGGCCAACAGAGAAACGGGCGUGGUCCAUCUAGCCUCCCUGUUCAUCGCGCACAGAUAUCAAGGCAAGAAGAUCGGAACGGCCGCCAUAGAUCUCCUCGAGCGCGUGGCGGUGCUCGAAAUGGGAGCCAAGAGCCUCACACUGGAUACAACGGCGUACCUGACAAUAUGGGACGAGACGCACUUUUGGCGAGAAGAGGACAAGACAAAGCCGGGCGUGUCGGUGGCUUGGUACAAGGCCAGAGGGUAUACCCAGUUCCGUGAAAAUAGACCACUCUUCUUACAACCUACACCUACGGAUCCUGAUAGACUGUUGACUGCGAUAUUUCUCAAGAAAACCGCGGAGCAGGUGCGGGCUGAGCAGAACGCCGCAUGA